AUGUCCCUCCAGGCACUCAAUGGACAACCCGUGCAGCGGCGAUCGUCGCUGCUGCAGCGUUACCAACCGAAGGCGGGUUCCCAGGAUCCGCUGCAUCGGUCCACCGUCGAUGACACUUCCAGUCCGACCAUCGCGAAGUCCACGAGCCAGCGAAGCCUGCAGAGCUCGUCGUUGCUGCAGCGCUACCAACCGAAACCGCUGGGAAGUCAGGCCGGCCAGUCCGGGAAUCGGUCGGAGGCCGCCAGUUUCUACGACGCACCGAAAACGACCUCCAGCCAGCGUAGCCUCGAUCAGUCGAAGCUGAUGCGGCGCUACUUUAACCAGCCGAACUCGGUGGAGGACGCACCAACCGGGGAGCCGGCGAACGAUCUUCGGCAGCAGGAGCAGCAACAUCAGCAACAGCGCUACAGUAGCCAGAAGAGUUUGGAGAACUCCAAGCUGAUGCAGCGUUACAAUCCGAUCAACAACUCGCAGGAGUUUACCGGACUCUCGGGGCGGGAGAGUACGCCCGUGGCCCGGUUUAACCGUGGCGGAAGUCUCGAGCCGGAGCGUGUCCAGCGAUCCUCGUUGCUGUCGAAGUACACACCACGCUUCGGGAAGUCACUCGAUCGCCAUCAGGCGUUGGAAAUGGCUGGCCAUGGUAUGGCGGGUUACAGUAGUCAGCAGAACCUGCGCACUCCAACCCACCGGGGGCCGCCGGAAACGUCGCAGAGUUUGGCCACGUCCCGCAGUGAGAUUGCCGACUACGGGGCGGACCAUUACGAUCAGUACCAGAACAUUCGGAGUCGAUCGUCGAGCUUAUCUCGGGGAGGUGUCGGUUCGGCGCGGAAGGGUAUGCAGAGAGGUUCGCAGAGACAUCUGCCACUCGAGCCGGAACCGAGCGAACCGGUUACGCCCGAAACGUUACCGGUCGUUACAGCGACGGCCGAGCCGGUGAUGGGUAACAUUGCUUCCGCCCUGCCGAUGCCAAUGUUGAGUGUUAUACCACCGACACCAGCGGCGCUAGAAGUCGUUAAGCCUUCGUUCGCCGCUCCACAGAGUGCGGCCCCUGUUCAGCAGGUACCGCCAGCGGCUACGAAACCUGUUACCCCUUCGCCGAGUAUGACGACCACCGUUGGCGUAACGCCAACACCUCCGGCUAAGCCGGCCCGCAAAGAUCUGCCCCCGAAGGCGGCACCGGCCCCAACAGCGAACAUCGUGAGUAUAGCCAUUCCCUCCAUCACCGCGACACUCGCCGCACCAUCUGUCAAGCAAUCCGUAUCAUCCGAGCCACCAUCCGCACCGAAAGAACCCUCACCACCAUUGUUCAGCACCCGCGAUCGCAUGGACCAUUACGGAAGCGCUUCGAAUCCGGAGCCUUCCCACGAAGCCCCCACUCAUCAGCGACCGACGAAAGCGUUAGCGCGGACACCGACCACGACCCUUCAGCUGCCGCUGAGCGACAUGAGUAGCCGGCGCAGCAUGACCGACCUACAGCGAUUGGACUAUGGUGACACUGCGGCGCCCGGCACGACGACCGACUUUGCCGACGUGUCCGAGUUUGCCGAUCGUGCCGAAUUGCAACGCAUCGCGGCCCAGAAACCCCAUCCGGUGAAGCACACGCUGGCGAGUGCGUUCGAGCAGCUGGCCGCCUUCACCAUCCCGAACGCCAUCGAGCCCCUGGACGACGAAGAACGGAUCGAGGCGAUGCCCCCGAACCGGAAGCUGAAGCGCCGCGACUACACCUACCAUCCGUCGUUCGUGCCGAAACAACCGGUGGUGCCGUCGGAGCAAACGUUAUCCACUCCGGGCGGCCCCACCGUCGACUCGCGGGUCAGCACGGGCAGCAGUGCGGCGGAAGAGAAGCGCCAGAAGGCGGCCGAAGAGAAGCGCCGGCGUGAAGAGGAACGCCACCAGAAGGAGGAGGAGAAGCGUCGAAAGGACGCGGAUAAACGGGCCCACGACGAGGAGGACAAGCGCCGCAAGGACCAGGAAAAGCACGCACGGGACGAGGAAGAACGACGCCGACGGGAGGACGACCGGAAGCACAAGGACGAGGAAAAGCGGGCCCGCGAGGAGGAAAAGCGUCGACUUGAGGAGGAGAAGCGCCGGGAAAAGGAGGAGAAAAAGCGGGUGAAAGAGGAGAAGAAAAAGGCGGUGGCGGCACUGAAAGCAUCCAUCACCGGGGCGAAGACCGAUGCGCCACCGAUGGAAGAGUCUAAAGCUCCCGAGGAGGAGAUGAUAGACCUCGCAAGCCACCUGGACCACUACAGUGUGGCGACUACGAAGCAGACUCAGCAGCAGCAGCAGCAACAGCGAGGUCAUUCGCUUGGAAGGCCACGCUCGGGCGGUACUCCUUAUGGAAGUCAGGGAGCCUUGGGCUCGUCGACACUCGGCGGUCGUGCGUCGCUUUCGAACAGCCAUCAGAGUUUGGACCGGAACGGAUCUACCGCUUCGGUGCGGCAGUCGAAGCUUCUUCUGCAACGGUAUGGACCGAAGUCGGGCUCACAGGAAGUGAUCAGCAGUGGGACAGGGUCGGCAGCACCGAAGGAGUUCCACCGUAGCCAGGGUAGCCUGGACUAUCGUCGGCCGAUGCGACCGGGCUCGCUGCUGGAUAAGUACACACCGCGACCGCUGAGUGCGUCGACCGCGACCGGAGGACAACCUCAGGCAGGCUCGAGCGCCGUUGGAUCGACGAGCCAGCGCAGUCUGGAGAGUUCCUCACUACUGCAGCGCUAUAAACCGAAGGGUUCCGUCCCGGCUAGAACGGCCGUCCCGGGAUACGAUCAGUAUGACCAUCGUGAUCACGAGUACGAGCCCAUUGGAGAGCCAACGGUCGAUGCCAGCAAGGUAACCCCCGCCAAGGACGCACUGUUGACCGCGUCCAAGGAUAAGGAUGGACAGGAGCGCAAACUAUCGAGCGCUUCGUUCCUGCGCGUUCCGGGCGACGAAGGCGACACGAUCAGCAUGGAGGAGUUGCAAAAGUCGAUCGAGGAUCGGUACUUUAACCUCCCGACCGACACGGAGGCUCCGGCGGGCGAAACCACCGAUGCGGCGGCUGCCGCCGAGCCCGGCCAGGGUGAGAAAACGAACAAGGUGAAGGCGGCCAUGGCGAGGGCGCAAAGCAGCGGCAAGCAGGCGAUGGCGAAGGCCCAGGAAAGUGGCAAACAAGCCAUGGCGAAGGCACAGGAAAGUGGAAAGACUCUGCAGAAGAAGCUGAUGCUGCAGACCGACCGGCUCAAGACGAAGAUGUCCAACAUUAAGCUGAAGAAGGACAAGGAUCAGCCGGCACCGCUGGCAAGUCCCGAGGUGGUCACAACGCCCGAACUCGAGAAGCUCGACUUUACGCUUGCCGUGCCGAAGGACGAACAGGAACAGGAGCAACAGGCGGAGCUGCAGGAGAGUGCCAUUGUAGCCGAAGGUCAAGAGACGGCGGUGCAGGAAGCGGCUACCACCACCGAGGAAGAGCCAGCGAAGGGUGGUCGGAAGCUCGGUGACAAGCUAAAGAACAUCCACAUGCCGAAAAUCCAGAAGCCGGACUUCAAGCGUCCCGAGUUCACGAAGAUCUCCAAACCGAAGAUGCCGAAGCUGAAGGCACCGGAUAUGCCCAAGUUCCUCACGGAGAAGCCCGACUUCAGCAAGAUGAAAUCUGACUUUGCCAAGAUGAAGCUGACGCGCAGCAAGUCGAUGAAGGAAGCCUCACCAUCGGCGGCCACCAGUGCCGCCUCACCGUCGGACGUGUCGGUAGUUGGCGAUGCUCCAGCGUCGGCUCCCACCAAGCUGAACUACACCGACUUCAGCACCUACCCGCGGCUUUUCGAUAAGUUCAAGCGCCAAAAGUCGACACCGACCAGCGGACAGGCUAGCGUUCGGGCCGGAACGCCGCCACCACUGGAGUUCACGAAGACGACGAAGACGACACGCACGAAGGGGCCAUCGUUCAUAUCGCGCUGGGCUUCCGAUAAGUCGGAGGAUACGGAGAGCAACCGGUUCCUGCAGUACACCGGCAGCGAGUUGGAUGAUCGCGAAACUUCCGUUGAGCGCCGGAUGCGCCAGGAGCUCGAACGGGCCGAGUUCGAGGGGCCGGAGCUAGCGAUUACGGAGGAACAGAAGCAACUGGAGGAGUACGAUAAGGAGAACCGGGAGAUUCAUCUCGCCUCUGCCGCACGCCACGAGGAGUUCCUCAAGCGGAAGCCUCCGAUGGAGCGUCAAGAGUCCGAUCUGGCCUCGGAGGAGGAGAAACAGUUCUGGGCCAGCUCGCUUGGGCAGAAGAUUCGCCAGAACAUCGACAUGAACAGUAACGAUUUGGACUUCCUCGACGAGGAGGAACGUCUGCUGGUGGCCAAGGAGAACUUGACGAUCGACGAGGAGGCGCACGAACAGGCACGGAUGCUGCUGAAGCUCAGCAAGGAACGCUCGGAGAAGGAGUUUGAGCGUCGUUCGUCCACGCCCUACACCGACAAGGAGUGCCAGUCGUCGGGAAGCUCGAGUGCCCGCCGCCGCAAGGGCGUCUUGGAGGAGAUCGACGACGAUGAGUUCUUCCUGCGCCAGAAGGGUAUCUCAAAGGAUGACAUUCAGAUGGGCGAGUACAUCAGUUCGGCCAUCAAGGAAGGUCUCAGCCAUCCCAAGAACGCACUGGCUGACAUGGGACGGUACGACUACUACGACGAGGAUCAGGACCGGGACGGCUUGAGGCGCUACUACCAGCCCAGCUUCGAGUCGGACGACAUCUCGAACCGGCAGGUCGACUCGACCGACUUCUAUCGCACCUUCCCACCGGAUCGUCCGAGCCGGAAGGGAAAGAAAUCGACUCGCGACGAAGACGACCGGGCCGUUCCGGAGGAUCAGGACUACGAACCGGAGGACGAAGAGGACGAUCUGGCGUACUACGACCGUCAGCGGACUGCCAAGUACGGUAGCGAGCAGCCACAGUUGCUUCAGUCGGCCACCGCCCGCUACAUGGACGACGAAGAUCUGGAGGACGAAGCUAGCUCCCUGCGCCGGGAAGCCAUGCUGGCCGGUUCGGUCGUUCCACCGACUCCACCGACGCGCCGUCGUAAGAAGCGCUUCCGUGAUGUGACACCUUCGGACGUGAACGGUACCGCACCGUUCGACACCAACACCGGAAAGUCCAUCUCCAAUACCUUCAUCGCGGGGCCACAUGUCACGUCUAUGACCGUUAACCGCGCGGAGGUCCCACUAGCGAAGGAGGAAAGUUUUGGUACACUGCCAGCACCGACCCCGAGACGUUCACGUUCUCGGUCGCAAAUUUCGAAAGCGCUCGACGACGACGAUCGUGUGUCCCGUGGCGCCGAGUCGCUCAUCGUGGGUAUCAUCGAUAGAGCGCCGACCCAGAGGGAGUCGUAUCGGUAUGAGGUUUCCGAAAGCAACGGAUACGCCACUGUUCGCAAGGAAGCUCCACCACGUCCACCGGCACCGACCAUUCGCCGCAGGAAGUCGACCCGCUCCCUGGACGCUCAGCCACAGCCAACGAGGGCUUUCAAUACGCUACCGAACUACCAUCACUCAGUGUCACCGGUCCGUCCGCAGCGCAACUAUAGCACGAUUAACCCGAACCGUCCGCCACGCAGGAAGUCCGUCACAAGUUUGACCGGUGAGCAGCAGCAAAAACCAUCCCGUCUGAGCAGAGAUGAUGUACGCGGGCGUGAUUAUGAGGAUGUGGCCCCACCGGUCGGACCGAAACCUCCGACGGUCCACUCGGGCGAUGUCGCGAACAAGAUGAAGGACAGACCACUGCCACCGCCACCGCGUCCCACAAGGAAACCUCGCCGACCGGAUGGUAGCGAUCACCAGGAUCUGGACGGUGGUGCCGAGCGGCUGGUGCCGAUGGGUGUCGAGGAGGUCGAAAUUGCCAUCCAAACCGACCCGGUGUCGGAGGACUUACGGCUGGACGCGGAGAUAGCGGCUGUGACGGCGCGUGCCGAUCGUGCACAGGAUGGGGACAUACUGGAGGGCGCCCUCAGUAGGUUCCGCGAUGGAAAUGCUAAGGCCCUCUCGGAUCGCCCGAAAUCGUCACGCUCCGGAAGCCGACCGGAAACGCCCGCAUCGAUUCUGAUUGAGCGCAAGGUGUCGACACCUUCGCUGACACACGAGUCGGUCGUGGAGGCCUCGCUGACCGUGCAACCGCUGGAGGAGUUUGACGACGAUCAGUACAUUGCCGAGCUGGUGAAGAAGUACGUAUCGGAGGAGCGGAAGCCGGAACCGACGCACAAGAGUGACACCUUCGAGCGGCGCUUCCGCAAGAGCACGAACAGUCUCACGCGGGAGGACGAGAUCCGCCCGCAGGAGGUAGGAACGGCACUGCGAGCGCCAACGUUCCGCUCGAGCCGCACGUCGGUCGAUGGGCGGCUGUCGGCCACCACGCCGGAACCACUGCGAAACGUUGAGAUCGCACCAAACGUGAUCGAGGAGAUCGUCGAGCGGCUGCGAACGACCGAGCAGCAUCACAUCGAUGAACUGCAGAAGUUGCACCAGGAGCAACUGGAGGGUCUGCGUCGGCAGCACGAAGAGCAGAAGCGUCUGCAGGAGCAGAAACUCGAAGAACAACAGAGGCAACUGCUGCAGCAGCAAAACCAGCAGCUACUCGAAACGCAGCAGCUGAAGGAACAGAUCCUCCAGCAGCAGGAGCACCAGAAGAUGCUGCUCGCACAGCAACAAAACCAGCAGCAGCAGCUUCUGGUAGCGCAACAGCAGCAACAACUCCUCAUGGAGCAGCAGGAGAAGGAACGUGAGCUCCAACGCGAAAAGGAACGCGAGCUGCUGAAAGAGCGCGAGCAGGAGCUGGAGCGAGCUCGGGAGCGUGAGCGGGAGUUGCAUCUGUCGAGGGAGCUGGAGCUGCAGAGAGCUCGCGAGGUAGAACAGCAGCGUGCCCGUGACCUCGAGCAGCAGAGGAUACGCGAGAUGGAGCUGCAGAGGGCUCGCGAAAUGGAACAUCAGCGCCUGAGGGAGCUGGAGAUCCAGCGAGCGAUUGAGGCGGAACAGGCACGCCAGAGGGAAAUGGAACUGCAGCAGAAGGCCGCAGUGGCUGCAGCUGCUGCAGCAGCCGCCGCAACAGCAACCGCUACGAACGCCAGUGUAACGCCAUCGGUAGCGGUUGUCUCCACCGAAACACACGUCGCCGCAGGAGAAGAACCAACGUCUCAGGAAGAGAAACCAGUGGAAGCCACUGAAGGUGCUGUGGCCUCGAUGGACGUUGUAGAUGGAACAUGUAUCGCUCCUCCCUCGGUAACGGUGGCGCCCUUGGCCUCGGAACAACCACCGGUGAGACCUCCUCUACCAUCGAUGGCACCACCUCCGCCCUUCGUGUACCAUCCAGACUAUCUGUCAUACGGGCUGCCGUCAACGUCCGCCGCCGGCUCUGCCUACCUCACGCGACCCAAUCCGUCAGACGAUGAUCCCAGCAUGACACCGCUGGCCCCGCAACGUCGCCGCCGGCACCAUCGUUCGAAGCGCGAGUCCACCUCGGAGGAGGACUUCCAGCGUGACCAGCAUCGCCGCCACCGACACGGUACCCGUUCGCCCGAACCCUCCAUCCCGUCGCUCGGCGGGCAGCUGAUGCGGGCCUGCGGCUCAUCGCUCGCCCAGACCGGCGAAGAUCUGAUGGCGAUGCUGCGCGCCAGCAGCAAGGACGAGAACAAACGUGAUCUACACAUUGCCAUCCUCAUCCUGAUCGUGAUCGUGGCGGGCCUGAUGGCGCUUGGCAUGAGCGGGGAGAAGGCCGUUCACCAUCACCACUGGGACUACUUUAGUCCACCGGGCCACGGUAGCAGUGCGUGAAGUGGCAAUGUUUGUUAAUCAUUGGUUAAUUUCGAAGAGCACACAAGAAGAAUAGGAGAAAGAUAGCUACUUACGACUGCUGUCAGUGGUAUCACCAUAGUAACCAGCCACGAUGCACGCGCACAUCACACCACGCACACUAGGGGUGUUUUUGUUUAUACUUUUGUGUUCGGUUGUUUUUAGUAGUAGCUUAAACUACUUAAGCUUUAACUUUGUCAUUCUACU